AUGGUCGAAGAACGCUCCUCCGACCUCGGCGACAUCGCCGCCGAGGCUGCCUCGGAUUUCUUCAACAAACUCUUCGGCUUCGUCGAGACGAUAUUCCGCCGCUUCUUCAAGAACUUCUACGCCUCCUUCGCAGAAGUCUCCGCCAAGCGCUGGACCAAGGUCAUUGCCAGCGUGAUCGUCUACCUCAUUCUCCGGCCGUUCAUUGAGAAGUUCUUCAAAUACCUGCACGACCGCGACCGCAAGAAGGAGAAGGAGAAGAAGGAGAAAGAGCGGGCUGCGCGAGGCGGGAAGAAGGCCAAGAUGUCGGCGAAUGCGCUGCGGGGUGGAGAGAAUGGCAAGGUCCUUGGGGAGGUGGAGAAUACGGAUGAUGAGGUUGAGGAGGAUGGGGAGGAUGAGUUGGCGGAGGCUAGUGGGGUGCCGGAGUGGAAUGGGAUGGCUCGGAAGAGGCAGAAGAAGUAUCUGAAGAACCUAGCGAAGGGCCAGCGGGCGGAGAAGUUGAGUGAGGAUCAGAUUAUGGACUUGUUGGACUGGAGUGAGGAUGAGGGGGAGAAUAAGAAGGAUGCAUAG